GCCAUGUGUACUGUGUCCCCUUGGUAACACAUUCCCAGAACCAUAGCUAGCAUCCACCAGCGUGAAGAACCAGGAGAUAGAGCAUGGAGCACGCGGCGCAGAACCUCGCAAGCAAUGUUGGGCAGCUGCUGGCCGCGGAGUAUCGGCAGCUCCGCGGCGUUGGCGGCGAGAUCGCCGAGCUGCGCGACGACUUGGCCACCAUGAACGCCCUCCUCCGGAUGCAGUCGGAGGCCGAGGACGGGGCCGUUGACCACUUCGUCCGGGAGUGGAUGAAGCAGCUGAGCGAGCUCGCCUACGACUCAGAGGACUGCAUCGACCUGUACCUGCUCCGCAUCAAGUGCCGCCCGGGCGAAGGCGUGCGCGCCAGGGCGAGGCGCCUGCUCGCGACGUUCUCCCCUCGCCGCAGCCUCGCCGGCGAGGUCAGGGCGCUCCGCGCCCGCGCCCUCGCCAUCAGCGAGCGCCACGCGCGCUACGGCGUCAGCCGCGACGCGCUCAUGCGCCGCUCCCCUCUCUUACCUGCCCCUCAGAUGCUGACGUCGACGGCCUCCGCCGCCGCCGCACCUAAUCAGCACGCGCUGAGCCGUGCCAACGAGCAGCCUGAGCACAGCCGGGUCGUCGGCAUCGAGGACCAGGUCGACGCGCUGGCCGGCCGGCUGAGUCCUGCCGUCGAGGGAGAGCGCUAUCUGAAGGUGUUCUCCGUCGUGGGGUUCGGGGGCGUCGGCAAGACCACGCUGGCCAUGGAGGUGUGCCGGCGGCUGGAGCCGGAGUUCCCGUGCCAGGCCUUCGUUUCGGUGUCUCAGGCGUUCGAGCCGAGCAGGGACCUCAAGCCGCUGCUCAGGCGUGUGCUGGAGCAGAUCGUCAAGACCAAAGCAGAGAACGAGAAAGGUAUCAAGGAAGAUGGGUCGCUUGGUGACAUCGACGGCUUGGAUGCUGAUCUGCUGGCCCGAAAGCUCGCGCACAAAGUCAAGGACAUGAGGUACCUCAUUGUACUGGAUGAUGUAUGGACCGUACGAGCAUGGGAGUCAAUCCAAUCGGUUUUACCAGAGAACAAUUGCAACAGCAGAAUAAUUGUGACCACUAGGAUGGAGACAGUGGCCAAAGUAUGCAGUCCGGCCAGUAUUGUUAAGGGACAUUUCAUCCAUUAUAUGGAACCUCUCAAGCUCGAAGAUUCCAAAAAGUUGUUUCUGAGCAGAGCAUUUGGCUCUGUGGAUGCCUCUUAUCCCACGGAGUUCAACGAUGUAAUGGACAAUAUCUUAAGAAAAUGCGGUGGACUGCCACUGGCCAUAGUUAGCAUUGCCAGCGUUUUGGCAGGCUACAAGUCAUCCGGCAGUAUAGACAAGUGGGAAACCAUAUGCAAAUCAAUAGUUUCUCAGAUGGAGAGCAACCCUACCUUGGAGGGGAUCAGGCAGAUUGUCACAGUCAGUUUCAACCACUUACCUCAUGAGCUCAAGGGUUGCAUGAUGUACCUUAGUAUUUUCCCUGAGGAUUACGAGAUCAGUAAGGACCGACUCUUGUGCAGAUGGAUCGCCGAGGGAUUGGUCUUGGAGAAGCAGGGGUUGACACAGAUGGAGGUUGCAGAAUCCUACUUGGACGAGCUACUGAGUAGGAACAUGAUCAAAGCCAACCGUUUGGACGAGCACAAGAGGGAUCAGUCGUACCAGGUGCAUGACCUGCUUCUCGAGAUCAUGGUGUCCAAGUCCUUAGAGGCUAACUUUGUUAGCCUGAAAGGAGGGCGGUACGACGGGAUGUCGUACGACAGGAUCCGUCGCCUCUCCAUACAUGACAGCGCCGAUGUUGGUGCAUAUUCAACUUCCAAGGUAAAGGUAACAGUUGAUCACCGAGGCACCCAAGAGGUGAACCUGCAGCAUGUUCGAUCACUGAGUAUGUUCCAGCUCCAAGGGCACAAGCUCCUUGACCAACUAGGCGACUUCGCCUUGCUGAGGGUGCUUGACCUGGAAGGUUGCGAGGGGGUAACCAACAAGCAUGUGAGGUACGCUUGUCAGUUGCACCUACUCAGGUUCCUGAGCAUGAAGAAUACAAAUAUCAGCGUGGUGCCUCCUCAAAUUGGGAAUCUGGAGCACCUACAGACGCUCGAUGUACGGACAACCCUUCUUGAUCACCUGCCUGAAACUGUCACGAAGCUGGAAAGACUCGAGCGCCUCAAGUUCUCCAAGAGGGGCUUGGAUAUCAAGUGGGUGUUGCCCCGGGGCCUCAGCAAGAUGAAGGCGCUUCGCGAUGUGGGUUUAGUGCGUCUCGGAAAUGACUCCCAAGUCGCCCGAGAGGUGGGUGAACUUGAGCUGCUACAGACGUUGGACCUGCACAUCGGCCACGAGACCGUUGACGAGGAGGUUCUCCGACAGCUUGCCUUGUCCCUGAGUAAGAGGUACUCUGUCAGGUGUCUUAGCUUGGUAGACAUAAGCAGUGCAGGGAAGAUACUGAACUUUCUCCAUGACCUGCCAACACCACCGCGCCUCCUCCGGUCUCUCGGAAUCAGCGGUGGCAUCAGCCGGUUGCCCAGCUGGGUCGGAUCACUCACGUACCUCGUUGACUUCGCCAUGAUGGGCACAGACCUUGUUGGUGAUGAGCUACUUGGUGUCCUGUGUGAGUUGCCCAACCUCAAGACCCUGCGUGCCUCUUGGAAAAGCUACAGAGAGGAUGAGCUAGUCGCGCGCACGAACCAUACAUUUCCGGUGCUCAGAGACCUGUGGUUUGGUGAAGGCGUUCUGCCCAAAGUUCUCCGGUUUGAGGAAGGGUGCAUGGCAAAGCUUGAAACGCUCGAACUGCGUAUUCGUAGCCAUGAUGAGCUGGAGACUAGCAUCGUUGGCAUCGAGCGCCUGACGAACCUGAAAAUGAUCACGCUCAAGGGUGAUAAGGACAACCCUGCACUUUACCAUAGACUGUCGCAGCUCAAGGAUGAGAGAGAUCGACGCCCCAAGUCCAAUCAAUUCCAGGUUGCAGUAAAAUACUACUUGUGAUUAUUUUGUCACCUUCCUUGGUCAGGACUAUCAAAAUAACUACUUCGACAUGUUUGCUUGUUUCAGUGUUGCUUUUUACUAUUUUUUAUAUAUGUUGUUAUUCCAAAUUCAUUACCUGGCCCAAGCUCUCACAUGCUAGAGCCCCUCAUGUCGGGGUAUGUGGAGAAGGUUUUCUUCUAGUAAUGCAAUAUCUGGGGGUCUUCCCCCUGGCCGGCCAACUUUUUUUCUUAUUCCAAAUUCAUUUUGUUUCGGAAUGCGUGUAGGUAAUUACUACAUUGUUGUAAACAUUAAAUUCUUCUACACCUGAUGCUAUACUUGCUUGCAUUA